CUCGAUUGGUUGAGCCUGAUAAUAGAGCGAACAUGGCGGCCGCACAAACGACGAACCCUUCACAGUUGCUCCCUCUCGAGCUGGUGGACAAAUGUAUCGGCUCUCGAAUUCACAUCGUGAUGAAAACCGAUAAGGAGAUCGUGGGCACCCUGCUGGGUUUCGACGACUUCGUCAACAUGGUCCUGGAGGACGUAACAGAAUUUGAACUCACACCAGAGGGACGGAGGAUUACCAAACUGGACCAGAUCCUCCUCAACGGAAACAACAUCACCAUGCUCAUCCCAGGAGGAGAAGGACCGGACGUGUAAGAUGGCAGGAUGCUGGGAGGAUAUUUGUGUUUAUUGAUUCAAUGAUGUGAUUUUUGUUGUGUUUGUUUCCCCUUGUGGACUUUUGAGUAAGGAAAAUAUUUUUGUAGUAUUUCUCACGAGACUGUGUCUCACACAUGCCUUUUUUUAGUUACAAAUAAACCAGAGAAUCCCAC